CAUUACCAUAUGCCCACUUAUCAGGGGCACCCCUCCACCAACACACGCACACCCAAUGGGCGUGUGUGUGUGUGGUGUGUGUGAUGGAUUGCUGCGUGCACGCACACUCCUGCAGCCAAUUAGAAGCCCCGUUAAUCGGCAUUGGCAGUUAAAAGGUUACUAAUAGCGCCUAUAAUUCCCAGUGCCUCGCCAAAAGCUUCCGCAAAUACCUGCAGAUAGUGCGCCAGUUGGAGCAGAUAGUGCGCUGUGUCGGUCGGGCGGGCUGAGGUGGGGGGUGUGUGUGUAUGUGUGGGUGCCCAAGUGGGCUGAUUUAGUCAUCCAGUACCAGUACCUGACCAUAUUGCUCUGUUCCCCCCGCCGCUUUCGUCACUGCGCUCGCUCCCCAAAGUUCCCAAAAACCCUUCGAUAAGAACGCAUUGCCAGUGCUGCGCCCUGAAAUCAGCCCGAUAAGAACUUAGUGUUAAGCGCUACCUCAAAGUGUCACCAUGAUCGGACCCAGUUCGCAGAUCAGCAAGAUCCUGCUCACCCUGCUGUUCCUGCUGAUCAUCUUCUACGUUUUCAUGGACGUGGAGCUCUACCUGCGCAUCCACAACUACGCCAUCGAGCGCAACUACCAUACGAAUGUCUCGCUGCCCGCCUCCGUCGUGGGUCCGUCCACCUCGGAGUCCGGGUCCGGCAGCAUCGGUGGUAGCAGCAGCAGCAGCAUCAGUAGCAGCAGCACCAGUACGAAACUCCCCACCGCCGGCGACCGGCAGCCGUCCUACGAGGACCACACCUGGAUAUCCUGUGAUAUAAACCCGCUUUGCCAUGUGACCGUGAAGGCCAUUCUGCUGGACCACACCAACCACUACCUGUUCGCCCCGCUGGCCACCAUGUUCGACAUCGUGAUCGGCUUCUCGCGCUCCACGUUCAUCACGCCCAACAUGAUAUCGUUUUUCCACGUGGGCGUGGCCUGUCUGGCGGGCAAACUGGUGGCCUCGGACAGCCUGGGCUAUCGGCGGCUGGGCGUGCUGCUCUUCCAGAUCCGCACCUUCCUGGACGACCUGGACGGGCAUGUGGCGCGCGUGCGCAAGCACAUACGCGGCGAGCGCUCGGAGAUCGGCACCUCCGGCUACUAUGUGGACGGCCUGUGCGACGGACUCGGCUGCAUUGCGCUGCUGCUAGGCAUAUUCUUUUACCUGAAGAACAAUCCACCGCGGAGGGGCUACUCGAUCAUACCCAUGAGCGACUCCAAGCUGCCGGAGCCCACCAUGAUGAUACCGAAGAUGAAGGCCACCACGCGCAAGGUGGCCAAGAACGUGAUCAGCUUCACGGGCCAGCUGCUGCUGAGCUCGACGGCGUGGAAUCGCUACAUUGCCGUCUACCAGAACAUGCUGGAGCGCGAGGACGUGAGCGGCAGCCAGUCGCAUUGCCAGGACUACGUGUUCAAGUCGACCUGGUUCUUCUGCGUCGCCUGGAUGUGGCGCAUCGUCAACGUGCACGCCCUGCUGCACUGCGUCCUGCUGAGCAUCUUCUGCGACAAGCUGUGGGACUUCCUGCGCGCGAUCCGGUACAGCGGUUACAUUAUCCUGUUAGUUGCUAUAUGUUUAACUGAAAUGCACAUUCUGGAGGCCCAGAACUACAUUUUCAACUCUACGGCGUGCAGUAAUAUUUCACUGUGAUUUUACUAAUAUUACGAGAAAAUACAAUAAUAUUUGUGUAGUGCAAAUCAGCGAUGCCUUUUUUAAUUGUGUAUAAAUAAUGUAUCAUAAUUGUUAGCCAAUCAUUAAUAUUUCGAAACCAACUAAUGCAUUUUGUCAUUCAAGCGCGGUCUGCAAGAGCAAUCGAAACUCCUUCAGCUGUAAAUAAUAAAUGUUAUUGAUUAAUAAA